AUGUCGCGAAAUGGAUUGGCACGACUUAUCGGGACAGCCGGACGUGCUGGUGCGCAGAAGGCACCGCAUCGCGCCCGCGCACGACGCGGGGGGGAUUUCGGGUUCGACAACUUCAACCCAAGGAUGGGCGAUGCGACCGUCAGGUUCCUGGAAGACAGAGGCCGUGAGAGGAACGGCUGUUUCCGCCUGCUGUGGAAGCACUUCGGCCUGGCCGGCGGCUCGUACUUCCGCACGGAGGCGAUCCUGGACGCCUUCGACCCCGUCCACACAAAGCGCAUCGAUUGGAAAGGCAUGUAUCUCGAGGGGGGCGAAGAACUGUGA